GGGACAUUGAUUAUUUUUAAUAACGUAGAAUUAAUCUUACGUAGCAAAGCAACGCAUUAAUUUACGGAUGAAUAAAUAGCGCUACAAUCCAUCCGUACAGUCAAUUCUUUGAUAUUCUUUUAUCGAUCAAUCCGAAAAAAGUUGAAAAUUUAUUUACUUUUUUUUGUAAGAAAAAUGAGUAAAGUAUAUUUUUGUGUGCUUGCGUUAGCUUUUCUAUUUUCUGAAUUAUCAAAUGUAGAAGCUAAAAUGACACUUAGUCAAAUGAAAUCAGUAGCUAAACCAUGGAGUAAAAGUUGUGCUUCGAAAGUAGGAAUGGAUGAUGAUUUAGUAGCAGCUCAUAGAAGAGGAGAAUUCCCAGAAGAUGAAAAAUUGAUGUGUUAUCUUUUAUGCCAGACUAAAAUGAGUAAAAUUAUGGAUGCAAAUGAUAAAAUUGAUUUAGUUACUGUUCUAAAUCAACUUUCAACAGUUGGAGAACCAGCAAAUGUGGAAAGAAUGAUGACAGCUUUUGAAACUUGCUUAGGAAAAAUGACAGCUACUGAACCUUGUCGGCUGGCAUAUGACUACUCAAAAUGCUAUUACGAAGUUGAUGCAGAGGUAUUACUUUAUUAUAAUUAG